AUGUCUGAAUUGGUCUCGCAAUUGCUCGUUCAUCCAGACAUUUCGAGACCUCGAUGGGAUCAAUCAACGUUCGAGGGUCGAGCUCGUCAUUUCUUCGCCAUAACAAAUCCACUCAAUUUGUUUGUAUCGAAUAAACGUCUUGAGGAGUCAAAAAAAUUAGUCAUAGAUUACAAGAGUGGGGUCGUGCCACCAGAUCUAACCGUAAAUCAGUUAUGGCGAGCAAAACAAAUAUUCGAUUCGGCAUAUCAUCCGACCACGAUGGAGAAGAUGAUUCUUCCAGGCCGAAUGAGUGCACAAGUUCCGGGUAACAUGCUGCUAACUGGAGGAAUGCUCACAUUCUACAAAUCACCAGCUGCCGUGAUCUUCUGGCAAUGGCUGAAUCAAACGUUCAAUGCAGUCGUUAAUUAUUCGAAUCGCUCAGGAGAAACCACUUCAACGAAGCAGUUGGUUGCAUCAUAUGUGUGUGCCACAGGAGGUGCUCUUGUAGCUGCAUUAGGUCUUAACUCACUCGUGAAGAGUGCACCGCCACUUGUAGGACGUUUGGUACCAUUCUGUGCGGUCGCUGUCGCCAACUCCAUAAACAUUCCAAUGAUGAGAUCUCAAGAGCUUGUUGAUGGUAUCGAUUUAUUGGAUGAAGAUGGCCACAAAGUGGGCGCCAGUAAAAAGAUCGCUUAUAAGGCUAUAAGCAUGGUUGUGGUCAGUCGAAUAGCGAUGGCUUCACCAACGUUCGCAUUUAUUCCCGUUGUUAUGAAUUCAGUGGUCAAAACCGACUGGUAUAAGGUGAGACCGUGGAUAUCAGCACCGUUCCAGGCAACAUUAGCUGGAGUGAUUCUCGUCUUCUCCACCCCACUUUGUUGCGCUCUGUUCCCUCAGCUGAGCUCAGCAACAAUCAAAGAUUUGGAACCAGAACUACAAGAAAAGUUGAAUAAGUUGCCGAAUCCGCCUCGAAUUCUUUACUACAAUAAAGGUCUUUGA